CGCUGGCCGGGUCAACAGCCUCAGUGCCACCACCGUGACAGGUCGCGCCGGCCUCGGCGCCACUGCGUGCGACGCUGGCGUGGCGUGGUCGCGGCUCUGACCCGGUGUGUGUCCCCAUAUCGACACGAGACUGCAGCGGCGCCGGGCCGGCCGACAGUCGGCGGGCGGCGGGCGGGACGAGCGGCCGACGCUGACCACUGCAGGUGGAGCGGUCGGCCGACGCUGACCACUGCCAGCGGAAGGGCGGCUCCUCGCCGACCAUGCUGCUCGAGCUGCUGACGGUGACGGCUGCGUUGCUUCACGGCAACAGCGCCGAGCCCGACACAGCUCCACAGUCCACCACCACAGCCGAGGAGCUCAUCGAGUACCCCACAGGUCACCUCGCCAAUAUCAGCCAGGUCAUUCCGCCCGGAUACGACAAGAGCGCCUUCCCGCAACCGGCAGAUGGCGGUACAAUGUACUGCUUCCUGCGGCUCGGAGUGGAAAACAUUCUCAAUAUAGAUGAACACAACGGGGUGGUGCGCUACCAGGUGUUUCUCUCUGCCUACUGGCCCGACCCGCGGCUCAAGAUGCCCAACCUGACGGAGGAGGUGAACAGCGUCACCAUGGACCCGAGCGCCGUGGAGGAGCUCUGGCUGCCCGACCUCAUCAUCUACAACCUGGAGGACGUGCAGUCGGUGCGACUGCUCCAGGACCUCGGCUCGCUCAAACUGCUCCGCAGCGGCUACCUCAAAUACGAACUCUACCUGCGCACCUCGGUGACCUGUAACAUGGAUUUCACCUCAUAUCCGUUCGACGUACAAGAGUGUGACAUCGAGCUUGGCAGCUACAGCUAUAACAGCAGUGUGGUGUCGUGGAACUGGACCAAUACUAGGAACAUCUACUCCAAAGAUCAGCUUCAGCUGAAAAGUUUCACCGUCUCCAUCAUGAUGAGCGGCCAGAUCUUGCAUUGCUACGGAGACAAGCACGACGUCUGUUUUCAGAACGUGCUGGUGCGCGUGCAGCUGCGCCGUCGCACCGUGUUCUUCCUGUGGCACACUCUGCUGCCGUGUGUGCUGCUGGUGGCCACGUCCUGGCUGAGCAUGAUGCUGCCGCCCGAGAUCAUCCCCGGACGGAUGGUGCUGUGCAUCACCUCGCUGCUGGCCCUGCUGACUCUCUUCACGUCUAGCCUGACUGGUCUGGAGGUGUCCUACAUUCGCGCCAGCGACAUCUGGUACGUCGGCUGCCUCAUUUUCGACUUCCUCAUCAUCCUCGAGUACGUCAUCCUCAUCUUCGUGCAGCGGCUGAAGAAGACCGAAGACGGCGAGGGCACGGUCUGGGCCAAACCGAGCAAGAUCUACCCGACGGAGAUUACCGAGGUGAAAAAGGUUGACGACAAGGAGUCGGAGGAUGCCCCGGCGGCAGGCUCCCGGGUCUGGCAGCGCGUUCUGGGCGCUCUCGAGGAUUCCGCCCGCCUCGACUCCGUCAGUCGCAUUGUCCUGGCAUUCCUCUUCGUGUGCUUCAGCCUCGGAUACGCUGGCUAUUAUACGCUGCUUUAAGGAGUUGGAGCUUCAGUGGCGUGUUUUCUGUAUGUAAAUGGAUGUUGUCUAGCGUCUCAUCGAAAUAUGGUGUUAUGUUGUUGUGCAUGAGCUAUAUCUAUGUGACCAAGACUAAUUUCACGUGCUGUUAUUGACAUUCCAAAUGAUGGAACAAUAUAUAUGAUGUCUAAGGGA